UCCUUAAAGCCGGACUCCAUUUCCUGCUGCAAGUGUUUGUUUACUUCCGCUUAAUUGUGCCGUUUGGACAGUGGCGUUGAAAUGCAGCAGCGGGAGGAGAAGCAGCUGGAGGCGUCUCUGGAGUCUCUGCACGCUCGCGUGGCUCAUCUGAAAGGUUCCCUGCAGAGUUUUAUAUUGAAACUGGAAAACGAGCAUGACAGACUCGCAUGGCCCUCAGUGCUGGAUAAUUUCGCCCUUCUGUCCGGGCAGCUGAACACCAUCAAUAAGGUGUUAAAAAACGAGAAGACCCCAUCCUACAGGUCCCAGGUCAUCAUCCCCCUGCUGCUGUCUCCUGAUCGAGACGAAGAGCUGGUGAAACUAACGGAGCAGCGGGUGCCUGUGUUCAGUCAUGAGAUUGUGCCGGAUCAUCUCAGGACCAAACCCGACCCGGAGGUGGAGGAACAGGAGAAACACCUGAGCGCCGAAGCGGCCCGGAUCGGACCUGAAGUAGCUCAGAAACAGAUCCAAACACUGAAUAAACUUUGCUCGAAUCUUUUGGAAAAGCUGAAUAAUCCUCGUGACGACAGAGACUCUGAAAGCUCAGCUUUGAGACAAAACAAGCCAUCCUUCAAUCCCGCCGACACGAACGCUCUGGUGGCAGCGGUGGGGUUCGGAAAGGGCCUGUCGAAAUGCAGACCACCCGGAUCUGUCCCUCCUGGUCACCCUGGACAGCCGACGAUGUCAACAGGUCCCACACUACAGCAGGUCACAAUCGCUGGGACCACGGGCCAUCAGGCCGGCAUGGGAGGACAGGUCGCCCAACAGCAGCCUGGACAACCUGGUAAAAUGCCCAGCAGCAUCAAGACUAACAUCAAGUCUGCAUCCAUGCAUCCUUACAACCGAUGAGUUUCAUUCAUAAAUGCUGCAUUUUGUGAUAGGAAGUUUGGUAUACAAAGCAAAAAAGCUCAUUC